AUGGCAGGUGUUGGUAGUAGAGACUCUUCACGUGGCCACUUUCGAGCCACGCAAUCUGGCGCAUUUGCUACGACGUUUGUCAGUGUGACCAACACUGUCUUUGCCAAUGCUAGACACGUGGCGUUCUUUGGUUUCGUUUGGAACGUGAAGAAUCCAAGUGUCUUUCCUAAAGCCUUAAUCGCUCUGCAAAUCACCAACACUGGUAUGUAUUUCGUUGUCACAAUGGUUGUGUACGUCUCUGAUGGAGACCAACCUGCUCUGGGAACACAACAUAUGUCAAAGAGAACAUUUCCUGCUGUGGGCAGCUGGCUAGCCACAUUGUGGGUGAUUACAUGGAUCAUUGCCGAAUCGAUCCCAAACUUCGACGACUUGCCAGCUUUGAUUUCCGGUUUGUUUGCCUCGUGUUUCAACCCCGACAUUUCGGGCAUUUUCUGGCUCUUCCUCAACCAGGGGUCAGAUGCAAAGAAUUGGAGAAGGAUCUGCUUGACUAUUGCCAACCUGUUGUUGUUUGCCAUGGACGCUGGACCUUGUGGCAUGGGUCUUUUAUGCUAG